AUGGCUGCACCUUACAUCGCCCAGGAUGUCCGGGAGGUCUCCCAGAUGUUGGCUGGGCUGGACCUUGCCCGGAAGGAGAAACGCCGCGGUAGCUUCGCGGUCAAGAAGACAACUUUCGAUGUCAAGGGGUCUCGGGACGGCAUUCAGGUCGAAUCGUGGCGGAUGCAGGACUGGGACUACAAGAGACGUGACCUCCCUACCUACGCUCGCGGCCUUUUCACCACCAAGACGAGGAGAAACGAGCCCGAGAUUGCUGUCAGAGGUUACGACAAGUUUUUCAACACCGACGAGGUCCAUGAAACUAAGUGGUCGAACAUUCUGACCAGGACCCAGGGUCCCUACGAGUUAACUCUGAAGGAGAAUGGAUGCAUCAUUUUCAUUGCCGGUCUGGAGGAUGACACUCUCAUUGUUUGCAGCAAGCAUUCUACCGGAGACCGCAGUGACAUCCAGACCAGCCAUGCUAGCGCUGGUGAGCUACGCAUCGAGAAGCAGCUGGCCGCUGUGGGAAAGACCAAGGCCGACCUAGCACGAGAGCUCCGAAAGAGGAACGUCACUGCCGUCGCCGAACUUUGUGACGAUGCCUUCGAGGAACACAUCUUGGCCUACACCCCCGAUAAAGCGGGCCUAUACCUCCAUGGUAUUAACCUCAACCUGCCGGAGUUUGCAACUUACCCCAGCGCUUUUGUUCAGGAGUUUGCCGACGAGUGGGGGUUCAUCAAGACUGGCCUCAUGGUGAUGGACGACAUUAAUGAGGUAAAGGCCUUCCUCGAAGAGGCAGCCCAGACUGGUGCCCAUGAUGGCCGAGAUGUCGAGGGGUUUGUCAUCCGCUGUAAGAUGAGCCACGAUCCCGACGCAGCCCCGUACCGCGAUUGGUUCUUCAAGUACAAGUUCGAAGAGCCAUACCUCAUGUAUCGUCAGUGGCGAGAGUGCACCAAGGCUCUGAUUUCCGGAAAGCAGCCCAAGUUCAAAAAACACAUCAGCAUUACUGAAGAAUACUUGUUGUACGCCCGCAAGCGCCUCGCAUCCGACCCUAAACUAGCCAAGGAGUACAACCUCAACCACGGCAUCAUCUCUCUACGCGAUGACUUUUUGAAGUUCAAGAACCUCAAGGGUGCCGACGCUGCGAACAUGGACGACCUCGAUCCCUUGGUCAUGCCAGAGGUCACCAAUGAUGUUAUCCUCUGUCCGAUCGCUACCAUUGGCUGUGGCAAGACGACCAUUGCGUUAGCCCUGACGCACCUCUUCGGAUGGGGCCACAUCCAAAAUGACAACAUCUCGGGCAAAGCUCGACCCCCUCGGUUUACCGCGGCGGUUCUGGAUCAGCUCAAGGACCACGCAGCCGUGCUCGCGGAUCGUAACAACGCUCAGAGACAUGAGCGAAAGCAAAUCAUCACCGAUGUUAAGCUACAGCACACCACUGCCAAGCUUGUCUGCCUGAAUUUUAAGCAUGACGAGGGGUCGAUUGACGAAAUCCGACGCAUCACUCAAGAAAGGGUGGUCGAGCGUGGCGAUAACCACCAAACUAUACACGCUGCAUCUGACAAAGCCAAGUUCAUUGGCGUCAUGGAAGGAUUUAUCAACCGAUUUGAGCCCUGUAAUCCAUAUGCUCGCCCAGACGACGGCUUUGACGUGGUUAUCGAUCUGAACCCAACGGUGGGAAGCCGUCAAAACCUCGAAACCGUCAUCACAGAGUUGAACAAAAUAUUCCCCAAUUUGGUCAAGGAGAUCCCUGGGCCCGAGCAACUUGAUGGUGCGAUAGAAGCGGCCCUUGGCUAUAAGCCCGACUUCAGACAGGAUAUCCCGAACAGGGGCAAGAAGGCCGAGUCAAAUAAGCAACAAAACAAAGGACAUGAACAGUCCCAGAAGACGACGAAGGCGGCGCAGUUGGAAUAUAUGUCCGUUUCUGUCAACGCUUCCGAGCUCAACGCGCUGCUUGAGGAGGCCUUCAAAGAAGAGAGGCCUGAGACUUCUCGGUUUUACAUGCAAAUGAAGCAAACACGUCGUGUACAGCCGAAAUUCCACGUCACAUUGAUGCAUCGUGCAUCUUGCCGUGAACAUCCUGAGCUAUGGAAGCGGUACUCUACUUUGCAUUGUGAAGCAGAGGCGACCGGCAUCACAAAUGCGAAACUUGGAGACUGCGAUGUUUUACUGGAACGGAUUGUAUUCGAUGAUCGGGUCAUGGCUAUUGUUGUCCGACUUGUAGACGAAGAUGGAAAUUGGGAAUGCACGAACCGAGUGGCGCAUAUCACCAUUGGAACCAGGGACAGCUCAGUAAAGCCUAGGGAAAGCAACGACUUGCUGGCGAGAUGGUUGGAGAUGGGCAGCGCUGCCGAGACGAACAUUGGUGAGGUCGUGUUUGAAAAUAAACCUACGCUGAAGGGUACGGUCCACGGGGUGUCAUCCAGGUAG